UUUUUUUUUUAAUUAAUAUAAUGACAACGACUAAACUUACACCUUAUGAGCAACAACGUUUAAAAAACAUUGAGUUAAAUAAAGAACUAUUAGCGUCCUUAGACAUUCCAUCUAUAAAAAAUUCAGUUGUUACCACGUUUAUCACAGGAACAGAUGAAAAAACAACAGCAGCAAAUAAACCAAUGAAAAAGCUACGAAAGGCGUCUACAACAAAAAAGCCAUUACCUACACGAAAAUCAUCAAGACUUCGAGGAGAACAACCUCUAGCAAUUGAAAUAGAUAAGGAGAACAAUAUUGAGCUUUUAGUGGACAAAGUAAAGGAAGAUCCACGCUAUCAGGAAAUUAUUGAGGAAGGCAAGCUAUUGACAGCCGAAGAAUAUUUUAACCAGGACAUAAUAGACAAAGCUAUUAAGACAGAUGGCCAUUUUAAGGGUUGGGUAAAUCCUAUCAUUAUUGAAAAAUACGGACUUGAGGCAUCAGCAGCAGAAGCAUGGGAAAAGAAUGGGGGUGGUACUUGGUCUAUUGCAGAUCCCACUGGUAAUGGAAAAAAAAGAAAAAAAGGAUCAUCUAAUGCAAAGGCAGAUGCUUUGAAAAUGUUCAAAAAAAAUCCAAAUCAAUAUUUUUAUAGACAUAAUGAACCUGGUGAAGAGCAAUGGACGCAUGAAUGGUCAGAAGAAGAAAAAGGAUUAUUUUUAAGGAUUGCUCGAGAAUAUGGUUGUGGUGAUAAAUGGGGUUUGUUUGCCAGUUAUAUUCCACAUAGACUUGGAUAUCAGUGUAGUAGUUUUUAUCGUCAUGAAAUCAUCAAAAAUGGCCUAGUAAUUGAUCCAAAUUUUCAAUUUACUUCUUCUGGAGAACCUAUCUAUGUUGGAUCACAUAAUACACGUCGUUAAGUAAUAUGGUGUAAAUAUAUGUAUAUAUCUAUUAAAUAAAAAUGAAGGGUUUGCAUAUAGUCAAGGUUAUAUGCACAGAUACUUUUUAAACCCUGAGUGCACG